AAUUUCAACGACCUACAAAUUGUAGAAGGUCGCUCUUUCGACUUGUUUUUUAGAUAUUAAUUAAACCGUCCUGAUCAUCCUGGACGGGUAGAUUUAGCUACGUUUUUAAGAGAAAAUGUUGCGAACGAUUAUUAUUCGAAAUCAAGCUUUAAACAGCAGUCUAAAAAAGGCUGUACGAUCUAAUUUGACUAGAUGUCUGAGCACAGGAGUAACUAGGAGGAAAAGUUCUAACAAAAUAUUAUCACCAUGUGAAACAAGGUUAGUCUUGACUCCACAAUGGACUGGUCAAUUUAGGCACUACUCCAGUUUACCAACCCAUAUAAAGGUAAAUCUGCCUGCUCUAUCACCUACUAUGGAAAGUGGCUCUAUUGUCAGUUGGGAGAAAAAAGAAGGCGAUAAACUUAAUGAGGGUGACCUUCUUUGUGAAAUUGAGACUGAUAAAGCAACCAUGGGUUUUGAGACACCAGAAGAGGGUUUUUUGGCCAAGAUUCUGAUCCCCACUGGUACAAAAGGUGUACCAGUUGGCAAACUGUUGUGUAUAAUAGUGAAUAAUAAAGAUGAUGUGGCAUCAUUUAAAGAUUUCAAAGAUGACUCAACUGGAGCUCCUGCAAAACCACAGCCUAUAGCUGCAGCAGCGCCUCCACCGGUCGCCGCGCCUGCGCCUGCUGCUCCUACUCCCGCUCUCGGUCCAGUGAGUGCUCCAGUAAGUGCUGCAGCCGCAGCACCCGCUGUAGCGAUACCUGCCGCUGCUUUAGGCGAUAGGGUAUACGCAAGUCCUCUGGCGAGACGUCUCGCUGAGCUUAGGAAUGUUAGGCUUGGAGGACAGGGUUCAGGACUGUAUGGGUCAAUAAAGAGUGGCGAUUUGUCAAGUGCAGUGGCGGUGGCGGCGGCGCCUUCCGUGGCUGUAGCGUCAGCUCCGGCCCCAGGAGCCACAUUUGUCGACAUUCCGCUGUCUGGCAUGAGGGAGACGAUCGCCAAGAGACUCUCUGCUGCUAAACAGACUAUUCCUCAUUAUCAGCUUAGUGUUACUGUUAAUGUUGAGAAGACACUUGCUAUGCGGAAGGCGGUAAACGAAAGGUUGGCAGCUGAAAAGUCAGAUGUUAAGGUAUCAGUUAAUGACUUCAUAGUAAAAGCAAUGGCCUCGGCCGCAAAGAGAGUGCCCACUGUCAACGCACACUGGAUGGAAUCUUUUAUCAGACAGUUCUCUAAUGUAGAUGUAAGUGUGGCUGUGGCGACACCUAACGGUCUUAUUACGCCUAUUGUGUUCAACGCGGAUUCGCGCGGCGUUAUAGACAUAUCAAAAGAAGUAAAGGUGCUUGCAGCCAAAGCCAAGGAGGGUCGUCUUCAACCUCAGGAGUAUCAAGGAGGAACUGUUACCGUCUCCAACUUGGGAAUGUUUGGAAUUACGGAGUUCAAUGCGAUCAUCAAUCCUCCCCAAUCUUUAAUAUUGGCGUGCGGAGGCUUACAAGAAUUAGUGAUAGCUGAUAAAAACGAACCACAAGGAUUCAGAGUGGCGAAGUUCAUCACAUUCACGGCUUCCGCAGACCACAGAGUAAUAGAUGGCGCGGUAGGCGCGCAGUGGAUGAAGGCCUUCAAGGAUAAUCUCGAGGAUCCCGCUAAUAUCAUACUGUGAACAAACUCUUCUGACUCGUAGCGAUUUGCUAAAUGGAAAAUCACACUUGUUACCUCAUUAUUAUUGUGAACUAGGACCAUCUAUGGUUUGAAACAUACAAUCUAAGCAAAAUUAUAAAAACGCAGAUUUUUUUAUUGAAUUUUGAAUGUUUCUCCAGCAUUACCUAGCUGAUUUAUUCAUUAUAUAAGUGACAGAGAUUACUGAAGUUUUAUAAUAAUUUAAGUGAUAUCUUAAAGUUAUUAAAACAGAAUACUUAUUUAUUUUUUAUUAUUAUUAUUUAUUGCUUCUACACUGUUUUUACUGUAAAUAUGGUGAGUUAAGUGCAGUUUUAAGUUCCAAUCAAUGUUUGUAUAAGUUUUUUAAUCCUAAUGUUUUUGUUAGUGGCAGUUUUUAUGUUCCAGUUAGCAAAUUGUGAUGAGUGUUAUAUUUGAUAUCUGGUCUAGGUUUCCCUUCGAUCGAGCGGAAUACUUCCUUUUCGCGUAUUUAUUUCUUGAUUUCGUGAAGUAAAUGGUAAACUACAUAUGCCGACUGUUGAUAUUAUAAUUUAUUUAAUAUAUAUUAUGUAUUUACUUAGGUUUAGUUGGAAUUGUUCCGUUCCGCUCGAAGGACCAUUAGUGGUCAUCACUAAUUGUAAGUGAAUGAUAUUUAUUUAGUUAAAUUAAAAUAUAUUAGUAUCCAAAGGCAUACAAUUCCUAAUCAUGAUUUUGAAGAUGUAAGUAAUGUUUAACUUUAUGGUUGAUUUAUUAAAAGAGUGCAUCAUUAUUAUGGGAAACAUGAGCAUUUUAAAUAACAUACUGUAUUUAUUUUUGGAGUGAAGAUCUACUGUCAUUAUAUAUUAUUCAAUUGUAUUUAUUUGAUUUUGAUAUAUAAAACUUAUAAAACGAAUGUGUAAAUACAAAUAAUGUAAUUAUUUGUAUGUAUAUAAAUGAAUAUUUGCACAACUUUAUUUUGAUGCUGCCAGAUUCUAUGUGACCGUUAGUUGAAUAUAUUUUAAUUAUUUAAAG